AUGCCCCUGAUGGAGGCCAAGGAAGAGGAGGAAGAUACCAACUCCCUCUCAAAGGAUGAAUUGGAGACUAAUUCAUGUGACUGGCUCCGCUAUAUACCCCUUGGGAUAGCCUUUCUUUUGCUGGCUGGAGCUGCUGCAGCAACAUGGUAUUUCCUAGACUACAGACCGUGGCACCUGGAACCAGCCGUCCUGCAGUUUUACUGUGGCAGCCUCCAGGUCCUCAAUCGCCAAUACUCCCCUGACCUGGGACAAGUGGAGUCCAGAGCCUUCUGGUUGGAGUCAGCUAAGCUCCAGAAGAUGCUGAAGGGACUGAUUUGUGCCACAGAACUGGAUCAAUAUUACAACUCGAGCACAGUGUAUGCCUUUGGGGAGGGGUCUCUGACCUUCUUCUUCUGGUUCACCCUCCAAAUUCCUGAAAGUCAGCAGAAGGAGGUGACUCCUGAGAGGGUAAACACAAUGCUCCACCAAGAGCUCUCCACCAGUUUCAACAGCCUGUCCUACCAGAUGGAGUACAGUGUCAACCCAGACUCACUGGUUCUGCUGGAAUCCAGUGUGAAAGACAUAGUAGUGCUGAAAUCCACCCUGGGUUGCUACAGGUACAGCUAUGUCCAGGAGGAUGAUAUCCUAAGGCUGGAGGGCCCUGACUACCUGGCUUCCAGUUGUCUUUGGCACCUCCACAGCCUCAAGGGCUACAUGAUCAAGCUACACUUGGAGUGGACUCUCCCAGACUGUAGGGACCGUCUGGCUAUGUAUGAUGCAGCCGGGCCCCUGGCGAAACAGCUCAUCACCUCGAUCUACGGCUGCAGCCGGCAGGAGCCCAUUGUGGAAGUCCUUUCAUCUGGCCCUGUCAUGUCCAUUGUGUGGAAGAAAGCCAUGUACAGCUACUAUGACCCCUUCAUCCUCUCAGCACAGGCAGUGCCCCUCAAAGACUGCAAAGUGAAUAUAACUCUGCGGGAGGGCCUGGAGCUGCAGGGGAAGAUUGGCACCCCACACUACCCCAGUUACUACUCGCCCAACACACAGUGCACCUGGCACAUGACGGUCCCAUCUCUCGACUAUGGGGUCACCCUGUGGUUCGAUGCCUACGCACUCAGCAGACAGAAGCACGACCUGCCCUGUACCCAAGGCCAGUGGAUAAUCCAGAACAGAAGGCUGUGUGGCCUGCGGACCCUGCAAGCCUAUGCUGAGCGAAUCCCAGUCACAUCCUCUGCUGACAUCACCAUCACCUUCACCUCUCAAGUCUCCUUAACUGGCCCCGGUGUACAGGCAGCUUACAGUCUGUACAACCAGUCUGACCCCUGUCCUGGGGAGUUCCUGUGUUUGGUGAACGGCUUGUGCGUCCCAGCCUGUGACGGGAUCAAAGAUUGCCCCAAUGGGUUGGAUGAGAGAAACUGUGUGUGCCCUGCAAAGUUCCAGUGCCACGAGGACAGCACUUGCAUCGAGUUCAGCAGGGUCUGCAAUCAGCAGCUAGACUGUGUCAACGGGAGUGAUGAGGAGCAGUGCAGUGAAGGAAUCCCCUGCAGUCCUUUCACCUACCGCUGUGAAGAUGGGACCUGUGUGAAGAAACCCAACCCCCUGUGUGACACCACUGCAGACUGCAAGGACCUGUCUGAUGAGAAGCGCUGUGACUGUGGGCUGCAAGCUCCUCUCAGCAGGAUUGUGGGUGGUGCGAAUUCUGUGGAAGGGGAAUGGCCGUGGCAGGCCAGCCUGCAAGUUCGGGGACGCCACAUUUGUGGGGGAACGCUCAUUGCUGACCGCUGGGUGGUCUCAGCUGCUCACUGCUUCCAGGAUGAGAGACUGGCCUCUGCCUCCAUCUGGACUGUUUACUUGGGCAAAUACUUACAAAAUACCACCAGCCACACAGAGGUGUCUUUCAAGGUGAUCCGUCUCUUCCUCCACCCUUAUUACGAGGAGGACAGCCAUGAUUAUGAUGUGGCCCUGCUUCAGCUGGACCAUCCUGUGAUCAUCUCAGCCUUAAUCCAGCCCAUCUGCUUGCCUGCUCCUUCUCACCUCUUUGAGCCUGGCCUUCAUUGCUGGAUCACUGGCUGGGGAGCCCUCAAGGAAGGUGGGCACAUCAGCAAUGUUCUGCAGAAGGUGGACGUGCAGCUCAUCCAGCAGGACAUCUGCAGCGAGGCCUAUCACUACAUGGUUUCUCCCAGGAUGCUGUGUGCUGGCUACCACAAGGGCAAGAAAGAUGCCUGCCAGGGUGAUUCUGGAGGUCCGCUGGCCUGCAAGGAACGCAGUGGCAGGUGGUUUCUGGCUGGUUUGGUCAGCUGGGGAAUGGGAUGCUCACAUCCAAACCACUAUGGAGUAUACACCAGGAUCACUCAGGUGCUGGGGUGGAUGAACCAAACCAUGAGCUGAGAAAAGUGCAUCUCUGCC